AUGGCCAAACGUUCACGUGCCGAAAAUAAGCAGAUUGCAUUAACAGAAGCUAGAGACAUCAUCGUAACUCGGGAGCACCUCUGGCCAUCUGUUGUUCCCCAGUCGGUCAUACUCCAACGACUCAACGAGUAUAUGGACGCUACUGUCUGGACUGAUCCGCCGAUUUGCACUUCUCGAACUAUUACGGUUGAUAAGAUGAACAUCUCAUCAGAAAAUGUGUCGUUCAAGGCAUCGUUCGAGAUUAGUAUGCAUGUAGUGGCUCUACGUAUAUGUCCCAAAUGCAAGUCUGCAUUGUCUCGAGGUCGCCUCCCUGCCCUUGCCCUCGCCAAUGGAUUGUUCCGCGGCCAACUUCCUGAUCAAUUCAGAGAUUUGACUUGGGUUGAGGAGAAACCCCGUGUAUUUCACGGAAAUAUGUGUGCUCAUGACCUCAAUGUCUUUGUCGUUCUUAUCGGUCCUGAAAAAUUUGACCCUAAGCGCAUGCGCUCCUUGUUUCGCGUGCGCAAACAGAAGAGAUGGGAUUUUCUGAUAUGGUUGAAGCACCACAAUCAUUUAUAUGCAGAUAUCCCACUGGACUCCUCCCUCAUCGAUCUGUAUCCAGUGGAUGGCAUUCUUCCUGGCUUGCAACAAAGGGUUGUCGAGGACCAUGAACUAGAUGCACAGUUUGUAUUCAACACGGAAACUGCAGGCUUUUCGGAACACCCUGCGUCCAUGAUACAAGCUUCUCCGUCUGACGUGGAAACUCAUGCGGACUUGCAGGAUGACUUGUCAAUGGUCGAAAAGAUGGGUGUUUCUGAUCCGGAGAGUGCCAAUGUUAGUGGCCGCCAGUUCACCGCAUCCGCUUUGCGUAACUUGAUUCCCGAUUCAGCGCAGUCCCUGGAACCCAAUCUUGUCAUCCAUCAUGGUUCCAGUCCUGUGACUGAUUACCAUAACCCACGUCUGUUUCCUGGGCUGUAUCCCACUCUCUACCCUUAUGGUCUCGGAGGAUUCGAGGACCAUUCCCGCGUCACCCCUUUGUCUAUCGAACGCCAAGCCAAAUACUUUUUGAACUUAUCUGACCGUGCCUUUCGUUAUCACGAUGCUUUCAUCUUUUGCGGAAAGUCCAACUUUGAUUCGGUAGCUCGCAGUCUGACUAGUGUAUCGUCCAAUGUACUCAGAACCCUCGCAGAUCGUCUCGAGCAGGAGUGCAAGGUCUCCAGUCUCACUCCAGAGGAGCAGAAUGCAUUCAAAUUACUCCGGCAAGUAAAUACCAUGUCCACAGUAUCCCAGGUUCACAGUCAUCCAAGAUAUUUUGCCGCCCACAGUCCAAUAUUUCAGGUCAUGUAUGGAGACCAGGCUGUGGACUUAUCUGCCCACUUCCCCUUUGUUCCUCCGAGCCGUACACGCGCUAUUCGUCUUGCGCAUGAUCCUGUUGCAGCCGCAGAAUUUCUACGAGUUCUCGUUUAA